UACUUUUCUAGUAUGUUCAGUGGUUCUUGGAAAGAAUCCAGCAUGAGUAUUAUUGAAUUGGAGAUUCCUGACCAGAAUAUCGAUAUAGAAGCAUUGCAGGUUGCAUUCGGCUCGCUGUACAGAGAUGACGUCUUAAUAAAGCCCAGUCGGGUCAUUGCGAUUUUGGCAGCAGCCUCCAUGCUGCAGUUGGAUGGUUUAAUACAGCAGUGUGGUGAGACAAUGAAGGAAGCAAUUAAUGUGAAAACUGUAUGUGGCUAUUACACAUCAGCAGGGACCUAUGGAUUAGAUUCGGUAAAGAAAAAAUGCCUUGAAUGGCUUCUAAACAACUUGAUGACUCACCAGAAUGUUGAACUUUUUAAAGAAAUGAGCAUAAACGUCAUGAAACAGCUCAUUGGUUCAUCUAAUUUAUUUGUGAUGCAAGUAGAAAUGGAUGUAUACACAGCUCUUAAAAAGUGGGUGUUUCUUCAACUUGUGCCUUCCUGGACUGGGUCUUUAAAACAGCUUCUGGCUGAAACAGAUGUCUGGUUCUCUAAGUGGAGGAAAGAGUUUGAAGGGAUGGCCUUCCUUGAAACUGAGCAAGGGAAACCAUUUGUGUCUGUAUUUAGACACUUACGGUUACAGUAUAUAAUUAGUGAUCUGGCCUCCGCCAGAAUCAUCGAACAGGAUUCUCUAGUACCUUCAGAAUGGCUGUCUUGUGUGUAUAAGCAGCAGUGGCUUGCUAUGCUCCGGGCAGAGCAAGACUGUGAGGUGGGGCCUCAGGAAAUCAAUAGAGAAGAGCUAGAGGGAUCCAGCAUGCGGUGUGGAAGAAAGCUCACCAAAGAUGGAGAAUACUGCUGGCGGUGGACAGGUUUUAACUUCGGCUUCGACCUCCUUGUAACCUACACCAAUCGCUACAUCAUUUUCAAACGCAAUACACUGAACCAGCCAUGCAGCGGAUCUGUCAGUUUACAGCCUCGAAGGAGCAUAGCGUUCAGGUUACGCCUGGCCUCUUUUGAUAGUAGUGGAAAACUAAUAUGUAGCCGAACGACCGGGUAUCAGAUCCUCACACUUGAAAAGGACCAGGUACGUCUGAUCACCUUUCUGCUGAUGCGGCCAGUGUCGCAUUGUCCACCCCGGGUGCCCGACCACGUCGUCUGGUCCCUCUUCAACGCGCUCUUCCUCAACUGCUGCUGCCUGGGCUUCGUGGCCUAUGCCUACUCUGUGAAGUCUAGGGACCGGAAGAUGGUGGGUGACAUGAUUGGGGCCCAGAGUCACGCAUCCACAGCCAAGUACCUGAACAUCUUCUGUACGGUCCUCAGCCUCCUGGGAAUCCUCAUCUUCGUCAUUCUUCUCGCCACAGGCACAGUGAUGAGCUUACAAGCCCUGUCACAGAUGAUGGGCCAGCGAGGCCACUAG